UCUGUAAUAUAAGAUAACAUUCAACCAAACAACUUAAUGUCACAUUCUCUUAAUCUUAACCAAACACAAAUGAGAUAAAGAUUGAACACAUCCCCAUGAAUCUAAUAUAUCCAGUAAUCUGUAUCUCUUGAACCAAACGGACUAAGUCAAGUGUUCUGAAGCGAGCUAAUCCUCGUUAAUCUGCGAAAGACCUCUGUGAUUUGAAAGCAGUCCCCUUAACCCCAAGCUCUUCGAUUUCUGGCCAGAGUUCACAAGCUGAGCUGAAAUCAAUGGCAGGGUCUGGUAGUUCUAUGUUAUAUUCAUUUCUUCUUUUUGUGAUCACCAUCUCACUGCAAGAACUGUUUAGAGCACAGUUGGCCUCUUCUGAGUUGUAUACUAUCCUUGGAGGUCUCGUCAGUUCUUUCAUAUUCCUUACUUUGCUAACGUUCAUUGGAAAUUAUCAAGAGGCAAAUGGAACCAAGAGUGGAUGGGGCACAGUUAUACUUGCAGAAGCAGUCGCUUUAGUUGCUGCUAGCACUGUUCAUCGAGUGUGUAUCACAACAUGCCUUUUAUUCUCUGCUGGGCUGCUAUAUGAGAUCAACAAACUCUCUGUGAUGAUGGCUGCCAAAGGUGAAAGUAAAACCAAAAGGUUCUAGUUGGGAAUGACAAACUGAUUGUUUUAGGAGCAGUGAAUGGUCAAGGAUGAGAUUGAGACCAUUAUUUUGUAACCACUUGUAACAUCCAACCUGAUGAUCUUUUAUGUUACUUUCCAUCCGCUUGCCUCCGAUUAUUAUCAAUCCAAAAGAGUUUCUUACAAGACUAGUAUAUUUCUAUUUUAUUGUGAGAUCACGACUAUUAACAAUUUAACAGUAUUAAGAUUUAAGACUGUUAGGUGAAGAUGCGCAAUUUCUAGGGGUACAAAUUCUUUACAUAGUCUCCAAUAACAGCAGCCUUGGAGAAUCCACAAUGGCAGAGGUUAAGUUUCAUUUCGAAAUUGAACUUUACAUUUACC